UCAAAAUAAUGGCAAUAUCAUACACUAGAGUUGUGUGGGGUGGGGGAAAAUUAAGCACAAUCUGCUGUGACGUCACAAUCGUGGUGCAUUGUGGUCUGUUGGUCUACCUGAAGUGUACAUAUUAUUAUGAUUCAAAGCAUAAGGAAUCGUUUGCUCUCCAGUCGCUCUUGCGGUACUUUGAUGUCAUACGCUGAUCAGUCUGCUUCGAUGCAUCUCGAACAAGCCUAUUGAGUAGGCUCGCUCCCUCUGUCAAAAUCGAGAGGUCGAGGAUCUGUCCAACUAAACUUCCCUCGCACACUUGAUGAAGUUGAACACACAUGCUCUCAAGUGGCCUAGACCACAAGUGUGGGUAUUGGGACAGGGCCAAGAAUGAGCCCUGUGUCCGAAUAUGCUUAUUUCCAUAUUAUAACAGUAUGUGAGCUAGGAUUGUGUAGUGGAUUGUCAGAAAAGAAAAAAUGUAGGAUUGUUGUAAUGCAUCAGUUAUUGAUUGGAUGUUGAGAUGUGGGCGUCGUUUAAAAAAAAUGGAGGCAGAUGAACUUGCAGAGGCGGGGUUUAAAGUCAGUAUGAAAUGGAGGUUGCGAUAGACUUUUCUUCGCUAUUGUGAUGUACAUCUGAGUGAAACAACUUCUCAAACAAGACAAAAUGUAGAGCGGAACUUGAUGAUUAUUAUUAUUAUUAUGGGGAAUUGAUUGGAUGGUUAUGGUUUGCCAUUUCUGUGAUCCCAUGUGAGUGACAGGCUGUCCCGCCCUCACAUCAGCAAAAACGUCAUCAGAGAAUUGAACAGAUGUUGCUGCAAGAAUUAAGUUAUUUUGAUUGAAGAUUAGGAGGGUGCAUGCAUUUUAAAAAAAAUGAUGUAGAUGGAUAAAUAAUUUAUAAUGCUGCAAUAUUCCAUUAAAAAAACAAGAAUUGCCCAUUUUGAUUGCAUGAUUACUUUAAAGAUUCGCUGAUACUUUUCUAAAAACUGAUUCUUUAAAACGAAUCGUUCGAAAGAACCGAUUCGUGGUCUUUUCAUCAGUAACGCACGCGCACACGCACGCACGCACGCACUCGCUGCGGAUCGAGCUCUUCCCGCUUUGAGCUCCAGCUGCUCCGAGUGCCGUUUGGCGGAUGACAGUUUGUUUUCACAGAGGGCCUGUCUGAAAAGAACGAACACUUACGUCCUCAACUACGGGAAAUUAAUCGUUUUUUCGUCAAGAUGAGACCGCUUAUUCCAAAAUGUACGAGUUUGCCAAAGGAUGUGAAUCCCGGCAACCUGUCUGUGUAGAACAGCUCUAGCCGAGCCGAGGGAAAGAGUGCAGAUCAAACAAGCAUGAGGCUGCUGGCCUCCACGCCACACCGACUGCAACAAACACGCGUCACCCCCAUGGAGUUUUAACCCCUGCAGGAGUACAGGCUGCCUCUGUCCACCAACACUGGUGAAGGAACACAGGUAUGUAUGAGCACACACAGAUAUAGCAGCCCCUCCCUUUGGUUCUGCCCUUGAAUAACGAACAAAAUACUAGAGCGAGAGAAAGAGCGAAAGACUAAGGGUCCCAUGUGCCAUUGGGCAGCGGGGCUUUCGCCAUGAGCAGUACUCUGGGCAAAGAUAAAGACUCUAAGGAGAGGGAACCCAAAGCUGAAGGGAAAUCCAAAACCAAAGGGAAAGAUGCCAAAGACGGGAAGAAAGACACGAGUGGCGCUUCGCCCGCAGUGGCCUUCACGUUGGACAGCACGAUAAAGCGGCCCAACCCGCCGCCCAGCACGCGCAAAAAAUCCAGCAAUGCUGAGGUUAUCAAGGAGCUGAACAAGUGCCGUGAGGAGAACUCAAUGCGCCUGGACCUGUCCAAGAGAUCCAUCCAUCUCCUGCCCUCUUCCAUUAAGGAGUUGACACAGCUGACCGAGCUCUACCUGUACAGCAACAAGCUGCAAAGUCUGCCGCCCGAGUUGGGAUGCCUGUCGGGACUGGUGACACUGGCGCUCAGCGAGAACUCUCUCACCAGCCUGCCCGACUCGCUGGACAACCUGAAGAAGUUGCGUAUGCUCGACCUGCGGCAUAACAAGCUGAGGGAGAUCCCCGCCGUGGUGUACCGCGUCACCUCUCUCACCACGCUCUACCUGCGCUUUAAUCGGAUCACCACCGUGGAGAAGGACAUCAAGAAUCUGUCCAAACUCACCAUGCUCAGCAUCCGAGAGAACAAGAUUAAACAGCUGCCCGCAGAGAUUGGUGAGCUCUGUAACUUAAUUACGCUGGAUGUAGCCCACAACCAGUUGGAGCACCUUCCUAAAGAGAUCGGCAAUUGCACUCAGAUCACCAACCUUGACCUGCAGCACAAUGAACUUCUUGACCUACCUGAGACUAUAGGUAAUUUGUCGAGUAUAAACCGUCUCGGUCUGAGAUACAACCGCCUAUCAGCGAUCCCUCGAUCUUUAGCGAAGUGCCGAGAGCUGGAAGAGCUCAACCUUGAAAACAACAACAUCUCAGUGUUACCAGAGGGGCUUCUGUCCAGUCUGGUGAACCUGACGAGUCUGACGCUGGCGCGGAACUGUUUCCAGUCUUAUCCAGUGGGCGGCCCAUCCCAGUUCUCCACCAUCUACUCACUCAAUAUGGAGCACAACCGUAUCAACAAGAUCCCCUUCGGCAUCUUCUCCCGAGCCAAAGUGCUCAGCAAGCUCAAUAUGAAGGACAACCAGUUAACAUCUCUUCCGCUGGAUUUUGGGACGUGGACCAGUAUGGUGGAGCUGAACCUGGCAACAAACCAGCUUACCAAGAUUCCAGAGGAUAUCUGUGGACUUGUGUCUUUAGAGGUCCUCAUAUUAUCCAACAAUCUUUUGAAGAAGUUGCCUCAUGGGAUUGGGAAUUUACGGAAACUACGAGAGCUUGACCUUGAGGAGAACAAACUGGAGUCCCUCCCGAAUGAGAUUGCCUACCUUAAGGAUCUGCAGAAACUUGUGUUGACCAAUAAUCAGCUGACCACUUUGCCGAGAGGAAUCGGUCACCUGACCAACCUGACAUACCUGGGCUUGGGAGAGAAUCUACUGCAGCACCUACCUGAGGAGAUCGGCACACUGGAGAACCUCGAGGACCUGUACCUGAAUGACAACCCUAACCUGCACAGUCUGCCGUUCGAGCUGGCCCUGUGCAGUAAGCUGUCCAUCAUGAGCAUAGAGAACUGCCCCCUCAGCCACCUUCCACCGCAGAUUGUCGCCGGAGGCCCUUCGUUCAUCAUCCAGUUCCUCAAGAUGCAGGGUCCCUACCGUGCCAUGGUCUGAGACGCUCGCACACUGUACAAAGAGGAAACCGAAUCGCCGCAUGGCGUUACCUUGUUGUCGUCAUUAUAUCUAGGACAAGAAACUGUGCAACUGGGUUCCAUUUGAUGGAGGAAUCAUAGCCAGUUAGGUCCCCUUUACCCCCGUAGAAAACAAUGUCUAGACUUCUGUUGCCAAAAUUAAUGUACAUUAGUGAUUCUGAAGAGGCGCUCUUAAAAUGUUUCAAUCAUUUUGCCAAUUUAUUGAAAGUCAUUACAGGGGUUUCGAUGCCAUGAAACAGUUGUAUGCAAAAACAAAACAUUUUUACAAGUUCAUUUUUGCUGCUGCUGCCGCCAUACUGUAUGCGAGUUAUUUGAUUUUUUUUUUUUCUUUUUUUUUUUUUUUUUUUUUUCUUUAGCCAGUUUUUUUUUUUUCUCCUUUUUUUUUUAUCAUCCCACAACCAAAAGAUUUUUAUUGUACAGAGGACCUGUUUGGAAGCAGUGAACAAAUGUUAGUGUUUUUUUUAUAUAUAUAAAUAUAUAUAUUAAUUGUUGUUAUUAUUAUAGAAUUGUGCCUAUCCAGUGCAGUUGGGUGGUUUGUGUCUGAACAUAAUUAUCCAAGAGGUUUUUAAUACAAAAAGGAUGAAUUUGCAAAAGUAUAAUUUAUUCCGUAAUUUCUUUUCAUUUUGUAAUGAUUGUUGAUUAUUUUGUCAAUCCCUUUUUUAAAUAUUCAUUCCUGUUCGCUAUUUGGACGUGUUGCUGCGCUUGACGUUUUAAAAUUAUAAAUCUGCAAUUCUUUUUUUUUUUUCUUUCUGCGAUUAUAGUGAAAACGAAGCAACAGAUGAAUCAAAAAUCACUUUUGACAGCAAUCACGUCAUGGGUUUAGCUAGUUCGAGCUAGUGCGUCACCCUGGUAUCGGGGUCUCUGUACUGAAAGCGGGGUUUGUAAUUGUUUACUUGUUUGCCAUAUCCACAGUGUUGCGCUCUGCUUGUGUCCUAUUGGUGAGAGUCGCAUCUACAUAUCAUAUCAGGUGCUGAACAAUGCUAGCAGUUAAAAGCCCACGUUUACUGUGAGGAAUGCCAAACGCCUAUUCAACAUUACUUUCAUCCUUAUUUUUUUUUUCCGCAUUUGAAGGAUUUCCUGGUCUGUGUCAUCGGAUCAGUUUUAAACUUCUUCACUUGAUUUCUGCUCUCUUAAAUUUCCAGAAUUUUAAACAAUGGUUACUUUUUUUUUUUUUUUUUUUGCACCGUUUGUCCCACAUACCGCCCCUCUAAUGCUGCUGCCUUUAAUGCACUUUGUAUUGAUAUUUGGCAUCCUCCACAAGUAAAAGGGUCGUGAUAUUUCAUGUUACCGAUUAAACAUAUGGAUGGGGGCAUUUAUUAUUAUUAUUAUUAUUAUUAUUUCUGAAGUAUUUUAUCUUUUUAUUUUAAUUCUCUAUCAUGUAUAUUUUAUAACAAUGAAUGAAAAAAUUUGCCUCAGCAAAUUCGAACGUUAACAUUCUAUUAAGAACCUUACACUUCUUUCUCCAUAUUAAAUGUUUUGAUUUAAACUUCUGUCUGACUAGUUUGUUUCUACAUUUAAAAGUUCCUAUCAGUUUCAAAUGGUGCAGAUAAAGUAUUGCAAUUAAAAACUGAAAUGUUUUGAUUAUACAAACUUGCCGACUUUUUUUUUUUUUUUUUUUUUUUUCUCUCACCUUUUUAAAAAAAUGUUCAAGAAUGUUUUGUUCAAGAAAAGAUGGAAUUUCUUUUGGUUUAGUAUUAUAUCAAGUGACUGUAAAUUUCCACCACUCUAGUUCAUCAAGUCAAUAUUUUGUUUGUGUUCUGUCCACGCUGUUUCUUUUUUUUUUUUCUUUCCACGUUCCCUCUCGCUUUUUCCUUUGAUCCGUAAAGACAUUGUAUGCAUUGGCAGCAGUGUAAAGGUUUUGGAGAGGCACAUCGCAUUCGUGGGGCCAUGAAAAGGACACAAAUCGCUGCUUUUUUAUCAACCAGCAGAACCUGUUGCUGCUUACGGACCUCCUAGAAACGUAAUGCUGUAAAAGAACCGGCCCAUGCGAGACGUUACGGACUGGGUUCUCGGGCCGGUUCUACCAGCAUAACCGUUCUGCUACAGAUGAACUCCCUCUGGACCUGAUCGGCCGAUACGGUGCAUAUCUUGAGCCGGACACAGGCGCUGAAUAAAAACAAAAAAUGACAAAAAUACAAACAUUGUAAAAAGGGCUUUCUCUGUUCAUGCUUAACUAUACACCAGAGGCAUUGCAUUCCUGGUUUUGUAUAAAAGCUUAGAACUGUACAUUUGAGUUUUCUUUUGUGUGUGUGUGUGUGUGUGUGUGUGAGUGUGAGUGUGUGCGCGUGAGUGUAUAUGUGUGUGAGGGAAUAGAUAGAUGUUAACAAAACGGAAUUAUGAUGUGACAAUAAAUGCCUUUGAGUACUUCAAGUGAGACGUGCAUUAGGGACACGUCCUUGUGAUGUGUCCCAUUUAAGUUUAAUUUUUUUUUAUUUAUGUGCCAUUUAUGCAGGAGAGUGAGGCUGGUUUUUACGUAGGGUAACAGUAUGAUCGGUUUUGGAUGAGAAUGCAUCACAAAUCAGGAAUGUAGUCCAAAAAAGACAAUAAAAACAAUAAUUGUACUUUUGAUGGUGAAUAAUGAUAGUGCAGAGUUAUAAUCAGCCACGGUGGCAAUUUUAAUCUUGUAUUGUUCUGGUGAAUCCUUAUGAUUGGAGCUUAAGGGUAUGGUUUAUUUUAUUUUUUUAUAUAUUGUCUGUGCAUUUAGGCCAUAGAAACUGUACAAAUGAAGGUCAUUUUCCAUGUUUCCAUUUUUUUUUUUUUUUUUUUUUUUACGGGAAUGUUAUGUUUCCUGUUUUUUUUCUUGCCUUGCUAUGUAUAGGAAACAAGCAUGUUAAUUUUCUUUUUUCUUUUUUUAAGAUUCAUAUUUGUCUGGUUGGGUGGACAGGGAUGUAAAAAAAGAAGUACAAAAGAUAAAAAUGUUGUUCUUUCGUAACUGCAAAAUGUUUGUUUUCUUUUUUACUUUUCUUUUUUUUUUUUUUUUUUGUUUACACUUCAUAGGGUAUCAAGUGUUGUGCGGACAUGUCCUAACCUACUUUUCUCUAGAAAAAACAGCCUUAAAGGUGAUUCUUGAUUUCUUUCUUUUUGACUCAGCCCGAACAAGUAACAGGACCCUCUUCCAUCAGAUCAAGUCUUUGCUUUGAUAAGCAUUCUUCAAAUAAAUGUUCAUUUGACUGCCUUAUGAAUGUCAAA